AUGUUCAGACAUAGGGAUUUAAAUACAUUUUUAUCUAAUUACUAGUAGUUUGAUAGAUAAACCAAGAAACCCUUCGAAUAUUUGAAUCUCUCCUAUCAUUAAUAAUUUGAUCAUUCACCUAUUAGAAAGUAAACAUACACUUCAAAACAUAAUGAAAUUUAAUAUAAGAGUCUUUAAGAACCUUCCUUCUUAAAACAAAGUUUAUUACCUAAUUAUGAACCAACUAAAUGUUCAAGUUAAAGAAAUGGAAUUAUCAAAGCUUAUGCUGCAAACACAAAUUAAGGAAUUGUUAGAGAUUAUAAUGAAGAUAGAGUCUCUAUUAUAUUAAAUAUACUCAAACCAUAAAGUAGAACUACAGAAUAAUGGCCUAAAUGUUCAUUUUUUGGAGUUUAUGAUGGACAUGGAGGAGCUGCUUGUGCUGAUUUCUUAAGAGAUAAUUUGCAUUAAUAUGUAGUUAAAGAACCAGAUUUUCCAUGGAAUCCAGUUGGUGCUAUUAAAAAAGGAUUUGAAGCAGCAGAAAAAUCAUUUUUAUAAAUUGCCUAAGAAUCUUAUAAUAAAGGAGUACCUGAAAGAAGUGGAUCAUGUGCUAUUGUAGUAUUAAUUAUAGGAGAUAAUUGUUAUGUGGCAAAUGUUGGAGAUAGUAGAGCUGUGUUAAGUACUGCAUCUGGUAGAAAAGCAAUAGCAUUAUCACAUGAUCAUAAACCUGAAUUAGAAUAAGAAAGAAUUGUUAAAGGUGGAGGAUCUGUUUAUUAAACUCAUGGAAUUAAUGAAGAAGGUAUAUAAAUUUUAGGACCUGUAAGAGUUAAUCCAGGUAGAUUAUCAGUAUCUAGAACAUUUGGAGAUAUAGAAGCUAAAUUUGAAAAAUUUGGUGGAAAUCCAAAAGUUGUAAUUGCUGAACCUGAAAUUAAGUAAUUUAAAAUAACUAAUGAACAUGAUUUUAUUGUUUUAGGAAGUGAUGGAAUAUUUGAUAAAUUAAGUUCUUCUGAUGUUAUGAAUAUUAUAUGGAAAGAUAUCUUAAAUUGUCAAGUAGGAAAUAAUUUACAUAAUGUAUUAUCUACUUCAGUAGAAUCAGUACUUAAAGAAAGCAUAUAAAGAAAGAGUUAAGAUAAUGUUACUUUAUUGAUUGUUGCUUUUUCUGUGUCAUCUUUAAAAGAAGAAGAACUCAGGAUUAAAACAUCAUCAUCAAUUGAACAAUUAGUAAAAGUGCCAUUAACUAAUAAUAUACCAAAUACAAGAAUGAGGUUUAUAUUUUAAUAUAUUCAUAUUUAGUUAUUCCAAAAAAGCAAAUGAUGAAAACAAUCCUUUUUUCAUUAACACAUAAAAAUAAAAGAUGAAACCACAUCAAAAGUAAUAAUUAGAGGAAACAACCAGAUACAAACCUAGUUAUAUCAACUGA